GCCGGGUCCUCCAGUAAAGCAGGACUACAACUCCCAGAAACCCUUUCAUCGCGGAAGACUUAUUACGAUAAAGAGCCUGAGUCGGAGGCCAAUCACAGCUCGAGAUGCACUUUCGUGAUGUUUCCUGUUGAGAAGUGGGAGACUUUGAAAAGAGUCCAGGAUUAACUUUCUGGCCAAUACUUAUGUGAACAUGGCAAAUAAAAAACUAAGAAGAGCAGGUUUACCUCAAGAUCUUUGUGAGAGGCUAAGUCGACAUCAGAUUGUUACUUGCCAGGAUAUCUUAUGUCUUUCCUUCCUGGAAUUAAUGAAAAUUACUGGACAGAGCUACUGGAGCGUGCAGAAACUUCUUCGGACUGUCAGCCGAUCCAUUGCUCCUAGAAUGCAAACUGUUUAUGAAUUGAAAAUGAAAAGAACCAUCAAUCCUUCAACAGCAUUCUUGCCAACAACUCUAGAAGAUCUGGAUAAAAUAUUGCAUGGUGGAAUUGCCUGUGGCAGUCUUACAGAGAUAACGGGUCCAUCAGGUUGUGGCAAAACUCAGUUCUGUAUUAUGAUGAGCUUGCUGGCCACACUGCCCACCAACAUGGGAGGAUUGGAUGGGGCAGUUAUUUACAUUGAUACAGAAUCUGCAUUUACUGCUGAAAGGCUUAUUGAGAUAGCACAGCAUCGGUUCCCACAUUAUUUUGCUACCAAAGAAAAGCUGAUUGCAAUGCCAAACAAUGUUCAUGUCUAUCGGGAGCUAACCUGUGAUAGUGUCCUGAAAAGAAUUGAAUCUUUGGAAGAAGAAAUAAUUUCUAAGAAUGUUAAACUAAUAGUAGUUGACUCUGUUGCUUCUGUAGUCAGAAAAGAAUUUGAUACAAAACGGCAAGGUAACCUGAAGGAACGAAGCAAUUUUUUGACUAAAGAGGCCUCAAUAUUGAAAUACUUGGCUGAAGAAUUUUCAAUACCAGUAAUCUUGACGAAUCAGAUUACCACAUGGCUAAGUGAUGGCCUUGCUGUACAGGCAGACCUCCUGUCUCCAGUUGAUGACUUGUCCCUGUCUGAAGGACCUUCUAGAAAUGGAGAUGGGGAAUCUGGCUACGUGACUGCAGCGUUGGGGAACACAUGGAGUCAUUGUGUCAAUACAAGACUCAUUUUACAGUUUUUUGAUUCAAAGACAAGACAGCUUCUGGUUGCUAAGACCCCCAUUGCUCCAUCAACAUCUUUUCUAUACAUUAUUGAAAAUUCUGGUUUUGUUCUCCAAGAAAUGGAUCCAAAGGGCCAGCCAUGUAGUAACUGGGAAGGGGUAAGUCCAGCACUGCAAGCAAUAAAAGUGAGGAAAGAUACUUUUAACAGCGAAGCUGAAAUGGCUUUAUCCAGUUUCACCCUGUAGCCCAACAGUUACAAGAAGCAACCAGAAAACAGAAUACUGAAAUCCAGAGAAGAAAGAAAAGGCCCAUGUUUUGCACUGAUACCAUGAUUUUCUUGAUCUGGAGAAACUUCUUAGUAGAUUCCUGCUUUCAGUUUUGAUUACAGUGACUACCAGAUUUUUCCAAGCUUAACUCAGGCAUUUGUGAUCUUACAUUCUUUCUUUAAAUAACAUUAGCAUAAACAAAGUGAUCAGUAACUUUCUUGAACCCUAUAGGCUGAUGUCUGAUGUCCUUUGUUGGUUAAAUAGAAUAAGACUUGCUCAGAGGGUUGGUGUUGGGGGGGUGGGGUUUCUCUCUCUCUCUCUGAAUUUUAGCUUGAUAUUUGUGUAUUGUCUGGUGGAUCCACUCAAGUUUGAAGAUUCUGUGUUUAGCAUGAUAUUUGAAGCACCUGACUAGUCACAAGCAUUUCUACCAUUUAGCUGGCAUCCCCAGAAUGUUCUUAGAGAUGUUACCUAAUAUCAUGUAAUCUUGAUAUACCAAGCUUAAUGAGAGAAAUUUAUGUAAUAUGGCAACACUUCACCAAAAAGAUCCACAUUCUCAUGUACCUGUGAUACCACACUCAUCUGUGAUAUCAUGAACAGUUGUUCUACCCAUCAACACCAACUAGAACAGCUAAGAUAAAACCUGCAUGGGCGGUACAGCUAUUCCAGCAGAAUUUGCCUUAUAAUUUAACAGUAGCAAAUACUUGGGCCGGAUGACUUGGAAUGUUCAAAGCAUUUCAUAAAUACACUAUUAUAGCUCUUACAGCAACUCUGCUCACUGGAGUAGUACUCUUAUUUACAUUUUUCAGAUUAGGGGUCUGUAGUUAAAACAGAGUUGCUUAUUUAAUGUGAAUUUAUGGCAGAGGCAUGGGCUCAUCCAACUAGGAACUAGUAAUGUUCAGAUGAAAUUAUAGCUUCCAUUGCAAGAAAUAUGGUUGGUUUGUUUCUUUUAUUUUUGGUUCACCACCUAGGUGCUCAAUGAUAGGACUAUUAGGCUUUGGACUCAGUCUCUAAAAGGUGCUUCAGAGCACGUGGGAGCAUGAACAUGGCACCUCUCUGUUGCACUUUAAAGCAACCAUACCUUUUCCCAGGAAUCAUGCUUGGAAGCAUCAUUCGGAGAUUGGAACUGAAGCACUGUGCAGUCCAACUAAGUGAGACAUUCUGGGAAGUAGGUCGAGCAGCUCAGAACUCCCAAACUCCAUCAUCAAUAAAUUAUGGAAGUCACAGUCCCAAGAAAUUUUGGAGGACAUCAUGCUGGGGGAAGGGUCUCUUAAAGAAUGCAUUGUCUUUUGUUAAACAAACCAGAGAGGAUUAUGUCACACUAUUUUAAUACUGUAUAGCAUUACCACAUACAAGUUUCUUUGCAAUUCCUGUUAUAAACAUUUAGAGUAUAUUCUAUCAAACCUUUUUUGCUUUAGGAAAAUAAUGAGUAAACCCAAUAAAAGUAGAUUCUACACAG